GGCGUGCGCAAGGCGAGGCUCAGGUGGUGGUGGCGGCGGCGCGGCGCGGCGGCACGGAGUAGGUUGUUUUUCUGGCGCCAUUUCCCGGUGUGAGUUGUGUUAAGUGAACUACACUCGCCGCAAGCCACGGGUAUUGGGUGCCAUGUCUAUCAACAUAGACAAAGAUGCGUUUUUCCGUCGGAUGAACAAGAUUUAUGCGGCCUGGAAGAAAGCAGAAAGCAACAAAGAGGAUGGACUGGGAAAGGCAGAUGCACUGGUGUCAGUGGUGGGUGCUGAUCAGGAGGUGAUCUACUCCAAGUCAACAGCAACACAAACUUGGCUCUUUGGCUAUGAGCUCACAGACACUAUCAUGGUUUGCUGUGAAAAGGCUGUGUACUUUCUGGCCAGUAAGAAAAAGAUUCAAAUUCUGGAGGGACUGGAGAAAAACAAAGAUGAAAAUAGCAAUGUUCCACCUGUGAAACUUCUUAUAAGAGAUAAGAGUGACAAGGAUAAGGCAAACAUCAGCAAGUUGAUUGAGGCCAUAAAGCAGAGCAAAGGAGGCACAAAAAUAGGGGUGUAUGUCAGGGACAAGUUUUCUUCAGAUCUUAUUGAUGCAUGGAGGAAGGCCAUCAAGGAGAACAACUUUGAACCGGUAGACAUGAGUUCCAACAUGGCUAUAGUUAUGGCUUCAAAGGAAGAAUCUGAGCUUACCACUAUUAAGAAGGCUUGCACUGCUACUGUAGAUGUCUUCUCCAAGUACCUGAAGGAACAGAUCAUGGAUAUCAUUGAUAGAGAUAAAAAGGUGAAACAUGCAAAGCUGGCUGAAGGAGUGGAGCAGGCCAUGACAGACAAGAAGUAUGUGGGUAACUUUGAUACCCAGCAGAUUGAACCUUGCUAUCCACCAAUAUUACAGUCUGGAGGGAAUUAUGCUCUCAAGUUUAGUGUGUCCAGUGACAAAAACCCAAUGCAUUUUGAUGCCAUUGUAUGCUGCAUGGGUGUGCGCUACAAGAACUAUUGUUCUAACAUCUGCCGCACCUUCAUGGUCAAUCCACCAGACAAGAUGCAGAAGGAGUACGAGCUGCUGCUUGACCUGUUUGAUGCACUUGUAAAUAAAUUAAAGGAUGGAGUAAAGCUUUGUGAUGUCUAUGAGGAGGUGGUUACACAUUUGAAGCAGAAAAAGCCAGACUUGGUGGACAAACUGACUAAAGCUGUAGGAUUUGGCACUGGCAUUGAGUUUCGUGAAUCUGCCCUUCUCAUUGGCCCAAAGAACACUACGGUGGCCAAAAAAGGUCAGGUGUUCAAUGUCAAUCUGGGGUUCUCAGAUCUGAUCAACCCAGAUGCCAGUGGCAGUAGCAAGAAAUAUGCUCUCUUCAUUGGAGACACUGUUGUGGUAAAUGAGGAACAAGCUGCCACAAUAUUGACAGCCACCAGUAAAAAAAAGUUGAGGAAUGUAGGAGUUUUUCUGAAGGAUGAUGAUGAGGGAGAUGAAGAAGAGGAAACCAAAGAAAACACAUCGGAACUUCUUGGCCGAGGCAAACGAACAGCCAUUCUGGACUCUAAGCUUAGGUCUGAACAGUCAACUGAGGAGAAGAGGCGGCAGCACCAGAAAGAACUGGCUGUGUCCACCAAUGAGGCUGCCAAAGAGCGGCUUGCCCUCCUUAAGGGGAAAAAGGAAAAUCAGAAGGUGCGCAAAUCCACUGUCUCCUACAAAUCUGUUAAUGUCAUGCCAAGGGAACCUGAGAUUUCAGAUCUCAAAAUAUAUGUUGAUCGAAAGUAUGAGACUGUGAUUCUGCCAAUCUAUGGGCUACCUGUGCCUUUCCAUAUUUCCAUGAUCAAGAACAUUUCCCAGAGUGUGGAAGGAGAUUACACUUACCUCCGUAUCAACUUCUUCCACCCUGGCUCGAAUAUUGGCAAGAGUGAUGGUGCUUUCCCUAACCCUGAUGCAGUAUUUCUGAAAGAAAUAACUUACCGAAGCACAAACACCAAGGAACCAGGAGAGCUGUCUGCACCAUCCUCCAACUUAAACACAGCCUUCAGGCUCAUCAAAGAAGUGCAGAAGAAAUUCAAGACAAGGGAGGCUGAAGAGAAGGAAAAGGAAGACUUGGUGAAGCAGGAUACACUGGUUAUAUCAAAUAACAAAUCAAACCCAAAGCUAAAGGACCUGUAUAUCCGCCCCAACAUUGUUCAAAAAAGGAUUAAUGGUACCUUGGAGGCACACACCAAUGGCUUCAGAUACACAAGUGUACGAGGUGACAAGGUGGAUAUCCUUUAUAACAACAUUAAGAAUGCAUUCUUCCAGCCUUGUGAGGGAGAAAUGAUCAUUCUCCUACACUUCCACUUAAGGCAUGCUAUUAUGUUUGGGAAGAAAAAACAUAUUGAUGUGCAGUUUUACACGGAGGUUGGAGAGAUAACUACUGAUUUGGGCAAGCAUCAGCACAUGCAUGAUCGUGAUGAUCUUUCUGCAGAGCAGGCAGAAAGAGAACUACGUCAUAAACUCACAUCUGCCUUCAAAAGCUUCACAGAAAAGGCUGUGUGGUGAACCUUACUGAGUGGCCGCCAUAUGUCAUUGUGCUGGAUGAGGUGGAGUUGGUCCACUUUGAGCGUGUGCAGUUUCACCUCAAGAACUUCGACAUGGUGUUCGUGUUCAAAGAUUACUCAAGGAAGACUUCUAUGAUUAAUGCUAUUCCCAUGCAAAUGUUGGAUCAUGUCAAGGAAUGGCUCAACUCAUGUGACAUCCGAUACUCAGAAGGUGUACAGUCCCUCAAUUGGACUAAGGUGAUGAAGACUAUUAUUGAUGACCCUGAUGGAUUCUUUGAACAGGGAGGCUGGUCUUUCUUGGACCCAGACUCUGAUGAGGAAGAGCAUCAGGAAGAGGAGGAGGACUCAGAGGAGGAUGGAGCAUAUGCCCCUUCUGAUGAAGAGUUAGGGUCCGAAGAAGAGAGUGAAGAUUACUCUGGGGAGUCUGAAAUCUCUGACUCAGAGGAGUAUAGUGAAGAUCUUGGUAGUAGUGAAGAGUCUGGCAAAGACUGGUCAGAUCUGGAGAGAGAAGCUGCCGAGGCUGACCGUGAGAGGAAUGAAUUUGAAGAUGAGUACACCAAACAGAAGAAAGGCAGUAGUGGUUACAGAUUAAAUCGCAAGCCCUCCAUGAAAUCUGGCAAGGACAGACACAUGAGCAACAAACACAAAUCCUCAAAGCAUGUCAGCAAGCAUAGAUCACCCCACAAAUCUUCACAUAAAUCUCCACACAAGUCACCAAGUAAGAGCAAGGAUAGACAUCACUCCAGUAGUAAGCACAGUGACAAGAAAAGAUCCCGGGAUGAUUCAGGUGACCGUCAUCACAGUAAAAAGAAGAGCAGGAAAUAAAUGGUGUCCUCUGGUGCUGCUAGGCUGCCACUCUUCACCCCAGGGAUAAGAGAGAGAAGUUCAAAUAGUAGUGAUGAUAAGUACUUUAUGAAUGUAAUUGUCUGUUGUGAUUCUGGUGAAUGCAAUGAUCUGAGCUGAUGACCUAACUGACUGCAGACACCAGACAUUGCUGAGUUCUAGCAAGUCUCUUGGACCGUAUGCCAUACACCAUGCAUAGAGAUAAUUUUAAGUCCAGGGCUUAUAAGGAGUUGGAGAUGGACCAAUUUUAAUUAUCUUUUUGUGACACUGUGAAUAGGGGAUUUUCAAGUGAUGAAUUUUCCUCUUUAGUGUAUUAGAUUUUUUAAUUCCUCAUAUACUUGUUUGUGAGACAUUAUAAUUUAUUUUCCUUUUUUUUUUUUUUUUUUUUUUUUGACAUGUGUACAUACUAUAAUCAGUUCAUUCUAGAAGGGAACCAUGAGACAGUGCCCAAGAUUUAGCUGUCUGCUCAAAUUUGCAUUAUUGUUACUAUAAUUUUUAUUUUCAUUUUUAUUUUUCCUAUUUUUAAGUACUUGUGACAAAGCACAGCAGGAAAUUAACAAUAAUAUCAGAAUUUGUAAUAAUAGCAGUGUUUUAGUAUCCAUAUGCACCUGAGAUCAUUAACAUUCUGUAAGUCUUUUGAUGAAAUAGGUUGUACCUCUGUUCCACUACUAGUAGAAAGGUCAUGCCUCUCACUACUAGUGAAAUCUUUUAGAUUGAUAUUAAUCAUCAUUUUGUAAAAUAAGUAGUCAGAGGUAUGAUCCAAAAAAGUUCUCAGAUUGUCUGCAAGGAGCACUUUUUAAAUCCACAGUGCAGCAUUGGGCUACUAGAGAACAAUAUUGAAUAAUGUCUUGCCACAUCUAGAUAUAUACUGUUUUGUAUAGUUUUCAUGUGGAUGGAUAACUACAUUUUGUAUGGGUUAAAACUAAAAGAAAUGUGUGCUCUCAUCAUCAGUAAUAUCAUAGAAAAAAGUAAUGCCAUAGAAAAGAGUUUUGUUUCUUUUUACUUUCUAGAGUUUCUGUAAUGUACAGUUAACCAAUAUAAUCAUUCCUGGGUUAGCAUGUAACAAAAAUGAUAAAGAAAUUUGUUUAAUGUUAAGUUCCUACAUGAUUGUUCACUGUAAGUUAUAUUAAGUUAUUUGUUUAGCCUUUUGCUUUAUGAAAUAUGGUUGAGUGGAGACUAAAAUAUUAGUCAUUUUCAUGAUCUGUUCUGUAUUUGAACCUCCACCCUCUAUAAAAUUUGAUUAUUGUCCAGGUGCAGCCACUAUGUAUUUGUCCAAGUACAUUAUGGAUUUCUAGUAUGGUUUUGUUAAGACUUAAGUUAAAAUUAAUACUUAUACCAUACUCCAAGUUUGUCUUUUCUUCUAUGAAUUCAUGAAAAUUAUAGAGAACCACAUGAGAAUGCUUUUAUAUUAGAUGAAUAAAUACAUACCACCAUA